AUGAAUGAUCGUAAUGGCAUUAGUGAGACUAUUGAAAUUGAUUUUGAAGUUGGACAUAGUUCAAUAAUUCGAUGUGAAGCUACAACUAUACAUAAUCCACCACGUACUCAUGAUUGGAAACUAUUUUUACGUUCAGCUGAUGUCAAUGGUGAUUUAAGUUGUUUAAUACAACGUUGUGUAUUUCAUCUUCAUCAUGAAUAUCCAAAUAGUAAACGAGAAUUAAAAACAACACCAUAUGCUAUUCAAGAAAGUGGUUAUGCUGGUUUUCAUUUACCAAUUGAAAUAUAUUUCAAAACAAAGACAGAACCAAAAAAAUUUCGUAUUGAAUAUGAACUUGAUUUACAUAAACCUAUCGAUGGACGGCCAUAUCAACAAAAAGAAAGUUAUCUACGAAAAUAUCGUUUUACUAUUUAUAAUCCCGAUCCUGAAUUUCGUCAAAAGAUACUUGCAGCUGGUGGUAAAAUCGUCGAUAGUGGUCCGAUAACAUCAAAUAAUAUUGAUAGUGAUGAAAGUGAAAUGGACGACGAACAAAUGUCAUCUCAUGAAUCAAUUGGUCGUCAUUCUCCACCACAAAAAAGACCUCUUUCACCAAGUCCUACACCAAAUGUGGUUAAUAAAAAAGUUAAAGUCGAACAAUCAAUAAAUAAUAGUAAGAAAAAACAAGUACAAUCAAUAGUGAAGAAUGAAAAUUCGAGUAAAACAACAACAACAACACCGAAUAUUAAAAAACCAAAACUUAUAUCAUCGAAAUCUUCAACUGUAGUAGAAGGAAAAAUAAUAAAAACUUCAUCAAAUCAACCAAUAACUGUUAGUGAAAUAAUUGAAAAUUCACCAUCAACUAAACCACGUUCAUCUACUACCAAACUAAUCAAAUCUCAAUCAACGAAUGACAUUAAAUCUUCUAGUCAACCUACAACAAUGAAUACAAAAAAGAAAGAAAUUGUUCCUUCUCCAUCUAAAAUCAAAACGGUCAUAAGUUCACAGAAUGCAUCGAAAAAAUCAAUCAUUAAGAAUCCUCAUAAAAUUUCGAUUAAAACAGAACAAACAUCAGCUACUAUAGUUAAAUCACCUUCAACAGUCGUGAUAAAACGAGAAUCACUUUCACAACCAUCAACAUCUAGUAUUUCUCCAACUAAUACAACUACUACAUCAGCUUCAAUCAAUAAUCUUAAGAAAAUUCCUAAGAAAAAAGUUCUACCAUCAUCAGUUAUAGAGAAACGUUCACGUUCAUCAAUGCCUUCACCAUCAUUAAAAAAGAAUUCACAAGGACAAGAAUCAUUAACAUCUAAAACUCCAACAAAUUUAAAACGAGAUCGUUCUUUAUCAUCUGUUAAAAAAUCUACGAAUAAUAGUCAAUCCGGAAAAACUAAUAUUAUUAAAGAUCGCAAAAAUUCAAAUUUAUGUAAACCACCUGAUCAACUUAAUCGUCCUUUACCAUCACCAUCGAAAUUAUUAUCCAAUCAACAAAAAUGUCAAACAUUAAACUCUCCUAAAUCUAUACCUAGUCCUGCUCAAUCUAAUAACGAACCUUCUAUUAGCUCUGUAGUUUCAUCAUCAUUAUCAUCUAUCGAUACAUUUCCACCACUGCCAAAUAUAAAUUCACCUUCCACUGAUAUCUUUCAAACUGAAGAUAAUCCUGUUCAACCACCAAUGAAUAUCGAUAGACAAAAUAGUGAAACUUACAAUCAAUUCUCAGACAAAUCUAAUUCAUUUCAUGAACAACUUUCAGUUGAAUCAAAUAAAAUACCAACAAAUCCAGUAUCAUGUUCAGAACAAUCAGAUCCAUAUGAUAGUGACGUAUCUCAAGAUGAUAAUAAUAAUAAUAAUAAUAAUGAUGAAGAAGAUUUACCAAGUAGUCUUACUAAUGAUGAUUUACGAUAUAAACUUAUUUAUAUUUAUAAACGUUUUCAAUUAAAUUCAAUCAAUGAUCUUAUCAUAUUUGUUAGUUUUUUUAAACGUCAUCAAUUAUUUGAUAUAUCAACAUUAUCAAUGACAAAAACAUCAGAUGAAAUGUUUACCUAUGAUCUUUUUUCUCUUAGUCCAUCACAUAUUGGAGAAUUAGCUAAUGAUCUUGGUUAUUCAACAAUAAAUACUAUCGAACAGUAA